AUGCCUGUUUCCGCACUGGGGCGUGCUCAAGAGUUACACUUGAUUCUUGACGAAUAUUGGGAAGCACACCCAGAAUUUGAAUCCGUUCCCAUUUAUUAUGCGUUUUCUUUAGCCAAAAAAUAUAUGGCAGUUUAUCAGACAUACAUCAACAUGAUGAAUUCCAAAAUCAGGAAACAAUUUGCCAUAUCCAAUCCCUUUGUAUUUAAACAUAUCUCAAACUUAAAGAACAUGGACAACUUUGAUGAUUUAGGGUCCUGCAUAAUGAUGGCCAGUCCUAGUAUGUUACAAAGUGGAUCAUCACGUGAGUUUUUGAAAGAUGGUGUCCUGAUAAAAGAAAUG